AUGACCGACUACUCAGAUGGGCCACCGGUUCUACGGCCCGUCCCCCGCCGCCCCUUCGGCCUGAGCCUACGAGAGCCAUCACCACCAGACGAGGACUCGUUCCCACCCACGCCCGACACCGAUUCACCACUCAACCUCGACUCGCUGAACUCGCGCCUCCUCGACCCGCGGCGGCGCAACAACAACCACAACAACAAUGCGGUACCCUCGCCCAGCGAGUCCGACACCCUCAGCCGCGCCCAGUCGGUACUGAACCUGACGAGCUCGACGCUGAUGGGCAUCUACGCCCCGACGACGUACGGCCGGGACCGGUUCUACGCCCCUGGCGACGAGCUGACGACGCCCUGGGGCACGGGCGCCGAGACGCCGGCGACGCGCGAGUUUGAUAUUGAUCGUGUGCUUGGCUACGAGCUGCAAAAGGAACGGACGGCAACAUCAGCACACCGGACGAGCAGGCGGCGCUCGUCCCUACACCCUGUUAUCCACACAGUGCCGCCGUCGAAGGCGGCCUCAAUACUCUACCUCGGCCUACGCGGCGUACUGCUGUCGGGCCUAGGCAUGCUGUGCGGGCUACUGGUGGCGCAGGUGCAGGACCGGCAACGCUCGGUCGGCGCCUUCCGAAUGGAGAGCAUCGUCGGGCCGUCCGGCUGCGACUGGCGGUACAUGGCGUUCUGGGCCGCGUCGGGGCUGGUGCUGGGGAGCCUGCUGCCGUGGUUCGACGGCGUGUGGGAGGGCGCGUUUGGCGGCGAGGAGGUGGUGGACAUAGCGUCGGAGGCUGGCGAUGCGGACAAGGAGCCCGGUACUGGUGCCGGGGUUGGGGUUGGCGGUACGGAUUGGGCGCUGGCGGUUAGGGGGAUUGGGAUGUUUGUCGGGAUCGCUUUUGCCAUUCGCAAACUGCCCUGGGACUCGACCCUCCAAGUCUCGCUCACGCUCGCGCUCGUCAACCCGGUGCUCUGGUUCCUGAUCGACCGCUCCGUUCCGGGCUUCGUCGUGUCGUCGGCCGUGGGCCUGACGGGCUCGGCCGUGCUGAUGGGGCUGCAGCCGGACAUGGUGCCCAUCCCCACCAUAAACGGGCACUCUUCUUCGUCGCCUUCGGCGUUUGGGGGGUUGUAUAACCCCAACAACGGCCACCACCACAACAGCCACAAUAAUUCGAGCUACGCGCAACAGCAGGAGGGGACCCCGAUCCUCGGCGGGCUCGCGACCCAGGAGACGCUCGCCACGGGCAUAUGGAUGCUCAACGUGCUGUUCUGCUGCUGCGUGUGCUUUGGCAAUAUCGGCCGCUGGCUCGCGCUGAACCGGUCCGCCUCGACGAAGGGGCGGUGGGCGGAGCGUCGGUGA